AUGGAAGAAACUAAUAACUCCUCGUUGAGACUGAAGAUUAUUGUUGUUGGUGAUCCUUCAAGUGGAAAGACUAGUUCUAUUCAUCAAUUUUGUGAUGGGAUUUUUGAAGAUAAUUAUCAACCAACAAUUGGGGUAGAGUUUUCUUCUAAGUUUAUUACUGUUAAUACAAAUGAAGUUGAAUUAAGAUUAUGGGAUAUUGCAGGACAAGACCAUUAUGCAGGGAUGAGUAGAGUAUAUUAUAAUGGUGCAUUAGGUGGAUUGGUAAUGUGUGAUGUAACAAAUAACACAUCUAUUGAAGGAGUAAAGAAAUGGAAAGCUAAUAUUGAUGAUAGAGUGUUAUUUAAUAAUGAAAAAAUUCCUGUUUUAUUAAUUGGUAAUAAAGCAGAUUUACUUAAAAGUGAUGAAGAAAAAGAUGCUGCAGCAGCUAAACUUAAAGAAAUUGCUAAUUCAAAUGGAUUUAAAGGGAUGCUUUUAGUAUCAGCAAAAACAGGAUUUCAUGUUGAAGAAACAAUGGAAAAUAUUGCCAAAUUAAUAAUUGCACAAUUUGGUAAUGUAUUAGAAGCAGAAGGUAAUGAAGAUGCAAGUAGUUCUAUUGAUUUAAUGUAUCUUCCAGAUGUGAAACAAAAAAGAGGGUGUUGCAAUUAA